AUGUCGUCCACCAGCAACGCCUCCAUUGACAAGUUCAACGGAGACAAUUACGCAACGUGGAGCCGGUACAUGCGCGGUGUGUUUUUGACGAAGUCCGUCUGGCACGUCGUCAACCGUGAAGUGACUCCUACUUUCACCGACCCGCGAGCGUCCGAUGACUACGUCAAGGCAAGCAACGUCGCGUUUGGUAUGAUGCUGCUGCACAUGAACGCGGACUACUAUCAUGUGCUGGACAACUGUGAGGAAGCCUGGGUUGCGUGGACCAGUCUGAAGACGCUGUACGGUGGGUCGCAGAAGGCAGGACGCAUCUACCUCAAGCGACAACUUUUCAGUAUCAAGAUGGCUGAAGGCGCGAACGUCAUGCAUCACUGCAACGUGGUCCUCAACAUCUUUGCCAAGCUUAGCGGCAUCGGUGCGAAGAUGGAAGACGAAGACGUUGCAAUUUGUCUGCUACUCAGUCUUCCGAAGAGCUACGAAAAUGUGGUACUCAACAUGGAAAUGAGCAGCACCGAGCUUCGCACUCAAGAUGUGGUGAGAGUCCUGACGAAUGAGCAUGCCAAGCGUCAAGGAGAAAAAGGGACAACGACAGCGACUACGGUGAAGGCUGAAGAUGCAAGCAAGGCAUUCAGCGCCGAGCGUGAGCCCUACCAAUGCACGUAUUGUGGCAAGGUGGGAUACACGGUGGAUCGUUGCUGGACAAAGCAGAAGAACGAAGGUCGGGGAGCCCGACGCGGCGGCAAUGGUCGUGGACGCGGGGCUAACAAUGUCCAGUGGGGACAUCAUGAUGAAGGCAAUGGCUACGAUCGAGUGGCGUUUGCAGUCUCGUUCGAAUGUGGAGUUUCGACGAGCAAGGACGUGUAUGGAAUAUGGUCCGUCGACAGUGGUGCAACGCACCACAUUUGCCACGACAAGACCAAGUUCGCAAGUUUGGCAGAGCGCAAUGAGGUCGAACUCUUGGUGGCUGAUGGCAACAAGGUGGCCAUCAAGGGUGUGGGAACCAUCAUGGAAAAGGUGGUUCUGCCCAACGGUGAAGAGCGUGAGAUCGAAAUCAAGAACGCGCUAUAUGUUCCAAGUAUGAGCAAGAACCUGCUCUCGGUGCCACAGAUUAACAGCCAUGGCAAGUUUCAAGUCGUGUUUGACGGGUCCAAGAUGUAUGUGACUCUCAAGAACUCACAGCAAGUGGUGGCGACAGCGGAUCUCGUGGAUGGACUCUACUGGCUUCGGACGACUCAACGAUCAGCGAAUGUGACAACAAGUGGAACCAGUUGUGCCGAUCUACAUGCGAGAAUGGGUCAUGCUCCAGUCGAUGUACUUCUCAAGAUGAUCGCGACCAACAUGAUCAAGGAUGUGCGAGUCCCUCUCAAGUCGGGUGGAGCAACUACAUGUCGAGGAUGUCAACAAGGGAAAAUGGUCCAAAAACCAUUUCCAAACAACCGAGACAAGCGCAGCCACGAUACGUUUGAGCUACUUCAUCUGGACAUCUGCGGGCUCAUGGAAAAGGAUUCGCUCGGUGGCAGCAAAUAUUUGCUGCUGAUCAUCGACAAAGCCAGUGGAUGCAUGAAGGGCUUUUGUCUACGAGUGAAAUCCGAGAGUGAAGACUACAUCCGGAAAUAUAUCACCAUGGUACAGACGCAAUUCUGUAAGAAGGUCAAGUUCGUGCGACACGACGGAGCUCGCGAGUUUGCAACCAACUCGCUUCAACUGUUCUACGAAGACAUUGAACAGCAGACAACGGUGCCGUAUGCACAUCAAACAAACGGAACAGCAGAGCGUGCCAUUAGGACUAUUGUCACGAUCGGCCGCAGCAUGCUUCAUCAUGCCAAACUGGACAAGUGUUUCUGGGCCGAAGCAGCGAUGACGGCCAUCUACGUCAAGAAUCGACUGCCGUCACCUAAAGUCGUGCACAAGACCCCGUUUGAGAUCGUCUACAACUUGAAACCAAGCGUCAAGCACAUGCGAACAUUCGGAUGUCAGACGUACAUACUGACGCCUAAAGAGAAUCGACUCAAGUGGGAUCCAAAGGCUCGCGCUGGCAUAUUCGUGGGCUACGAAGAAGUUUCGAAGGCGUAUCGUGUUUAUGACAUCGAGGCGGGGCAGGUGGUUAUCAGCCGCGAUGUCAACUUCGACGAGUCCACCUUUGGACUUCAAUUGCCGAUCACUGAUGAAGAUGUCGAUGACCUGGACUUCGAAUUGCUGGAUCUUGAUGACGAAGAGCUGCGUCAAAUGGAGUACAAGAAAACAGGCAAGCGCAAGAACCGACUCAAUGAUGAAGAUACAGCAGCUCCACGACCGCGUGCAGUGCGUCAACGACCAGGACUAGAAGAGUCAAGCGCGCCGGAAAACAACUCGUCACGCCAAGAAGAAGACGAAGAAACGAAGGAUUCUGGUGAUUCAACACCGCCUGUGUUUUGGCGUGCGAGUGCAAAUGCCGUUGAAGCAGCAGUGGACUUAUCAGAGCCCUCAACAUUUGAAGCAGCAGUAAGCGGCCCUGACCAAGUGCACUGGAGAAAAGCAAUUCAUGCAGAGCUCGAGUCAAUGCGACUUCGCGGUGUGUUUCGUGCAGCCAAGCUGCCCAACGGACAACGCGCCAUUGGCACAAAAUGGGUGUUCAAGAUCAAGCGUAAAGCGGAUGGAUCUAUCGAGAAGUACAAGGCACGACUUGUGGCCAAGGGUUUCCGCCAAAAGCAUGGCAUCGACUACACGGAGACGUUUUCGCCUGUGGUCGAGUAUGUGACGCUGAGAAUGGUGAUCGCAAUUUCCAAGUAUUUUGGAUGA